AUGGCGGCCCGAAAACUGCAACAAGAAGUCGACAAGUGCUUCAAAAAGGUGGCGGAAGGUGUCGCCGAGUUCGAAUCUAUCUAUGAUAAGAUUGAGCUGUCAAAUAACCCAGCCCAAAAGGAGAAGCUUGAGGACAACCUGAAGCGCGAAAUCAAGAAGCUGCAGCGACUUCGCGAUCAAAUCAAGACAUGGGCUGCCAGCAAUGACAUCAAGGACAAGGCACCGUUGCUGGAACACCGCAAAUUGAUAGAAACCCAAAUGGAAAAAUUCAAGGCGGUAGAAAAGGCCAUGAAGACGAAAGCGUACUCGAAAGAAGGGUUAUCAGCGGCCGCGAAACUGGACCCCAAGGAGCAAGCCAAGGUCGAAGCAGGCGAGUUCUUAAGCAGCCAGGUUGACGAGUUGGAACAACAAAUCGAGACGUUAGAGGCCGAGAGCGAGCAAAUACAAGCGACCAUGAAGAAGGGCAAGAACCAGGGUGCCAAGGCGGAUCGCAUCGCCGAGAUUGAGCGCGUAAUAGAACGGCACAAGUGGCAUCAGGGUAAGCUGGAGCUAAUUAGGCGGUCCCUGGAAAACGGCGGCGUCGAGACGGAUCAGGUUACCGACCUCGAGGAGAGCAUUCGCUACUACGUGUCCGACGGUAUGAACGAAGACUUCAUGGAGGACGACGAAAUGUACGACGAGCUGAACCUGGAGGACGACGAGGGUGUCUUUGGUAUGGGCGCAGACGGCGAGAGAGGGUCGUCGCAAGACAACCAAUCGAUACAGGAUGAGCCUGAACCUAUACCCGAACCCGCGCCCGCGCCGAAACCGCCCCGGAAAGUGGUCAAAGAAAACGAAGCGUCAUCCUCGCGUAAAGGAUCCGCCCAAGCGAAAUCACCCCUACCGGCCCUCGCUACGCUGCAUACGCCGUUGUCGACCAUCAGCAAUGGUUCAACUCCUAGCAUGAAGCCCGCAACGAUACCGACAAGAGCGCCUGGUGAAACGUUAAAGUACGCCUCUGCGGCGGCGGCGGCUGCGGCUGCCGACAAGGCCAACAUGGGGAUAUCACCACUACCUCCACCCCCUGGCAGCGCUGGCAUUUCGACACUUCCUUUGGGGCAAUCGGCGUCCAACUCGCCCGCUGCUACUGCUGCGCAACCCGCGCAGCCGACACCGAUACAAGCACCAGCGACAGUGGCCACGCCAGCUCCAGAAGAGCCCGCGCCUGAGCCAGCAGCUGCAAUUGCGCCGCCUGCGCCUGCCCCCACGACGACCCGCGGGUCUAAGAAAUCCAAAGCUGCUGGCAAGCAGCCCGCUGCUGCCGCCGAGUCGAAGGACGCUCCCGUGACUAAUGGCGCGACCCCUAACGGCGUCAAGUCUAAGACGCUGGCGCACGUCCCCGAGGAAGAGAGCAUAUACCACCUACCCGCAUCUCUUCAAGACCUAGUUGAGUCGUACGAGACGGCAAGAAAGCAUCCGCCGUCGCAGUCGGCUCCCUCGACGCUGCGUCUGAUGGAUGCCAGCCAUGUCAACUGCCCAGACCUGCUCGAUGCCGACGUGCCACGCAGUUACCGACCAGAGAACCCCGUGCCGCAGGGCGCCUCAAGCUUCCCGCGGACGCCGCUCCCGAUCUUUGAGGAUCCGCGACUGUAUCAGCGCAUCGAUCCCGAUACGCUGUUUUAUGUAUUUUACUACAAGCAGGGCACCGCGCAGCAGUACCUGGCGGCCAAGGCGCUCAAGGACCAGAGCUGGCGCUUCCACAAGCAGUACCAGACGUGGUUCCAACGCCACGAGGAGCCUAAGAGCAUCACCGAGGAGUAUGAGCAAGGAACCUACAGGUUCUUUGACUACGAGAGCACAUGGAUGAACCGUAGAAAGGCCGACUUCAAGUUUGCCUACAAGUUCCUCGAGGACGAGGUCUAG